AUGGUUGCUGAAUGUCAGCCUUUCUCUGAUGAUGCUCUAAAAGACCUGAUACACACCAAGAGAAACAUAAGGUGGAGGGUGGCUGCGAGGUCCGGCUCCAUCUCCAGCGAGUGCGCAGGCGUGAGCGGGGGCAGGUGCGAGGGCGGAGGCGUGGGGACGCCUGAGCUCCCGGGACCCUCGCUGAGGGAAGGGAAGGUGGAGACUGGGUCGGUCCCCAGUGCGAGACGCCCCGGACCGGGGAGCAGCGCAGACACGAAAGUGCAUGUGAGCAUCAUCCCCGGUGUGCAGGUGGGGACACCGACAGGCUUUGAGAGACAGGGACUCAUCCAGGACGGAGAACAGGUGGGAAACGGGAGGGCUCCUCACGGGACUGCAGACAGGAGCCGGUCCUCGGAACCCCCUGCUCCAUCUCCCCGCACGAGGGGCAGGAGCCUCACACCAGCAACAGAGCCCAGGGAGGGCACAGGGGGGAAAGUGUGUCCGCGGGGGACAGGAAUGAGACCUGCAGGGUGUGGAGCGUCCAGAGACGCAGACUGGAGAUGCUGGUGGGCAACCUGGUGCCUGCCUUCCUGGGCCGUGACCCCUCCUACCUCCCCACAUUCCUGGGCACCUACAGGGCUUUUGGGACCCCCCAGCAGGUGCUGGACCUUCUCUUCACGAGGUACGGAUGCAUCCUCCCUUACUGCGAUGAGGAUGGUGGACCCCUGCACCAGCUGAAAAUGGCCAUGGCCUCCAUCCUGGGCACCUGGCUGCAGCUUUACCCUGAGGACUUCCUGCAGUCCCCGGAACGUCCCUGCCUGAAGAUGCUCCUCGCGUACGCUGAGCUCAGCAUGCCCGACUCGAACCUGGAGCAGCGAG